GGCGGAGCGGGUUGCUGUGCCCGCCCGAGAGUGUGCCCGCCCGGCGCCCGGGGAUGGAGGGGCAGCCCGAGCUGGAGGGGGCGGUGGGGCCGCCGCGCAUGGAGGAGCCGGCAUCGCGGCGCUUCUCGGAGGAGCAGUUUUGGGCCGCCUGCCGGGAGCUGGACCAGCCGGCGCCGGCCGCGGCGGGGCCUUGGGAGCUCCUGGUGGAGACGGCGGGCGUGCGGAUCUACCGGCUGUUCCACGAGCAAUCAGGACUUUUUGAGUAUAAAAUCUUCGGUGGUCUUGAUGACUGCCCCCCAAAGUUGUGUGUGGAUGUCUACAUGGAUUUGAAAUUCAGAAAAGAGUGGGAUCAGUAUGUUAAAGAACUGUAUGAGGAAACAUACGAUGGUGAAAAAGUAAUCUACUGGGAAGUGAAGUACCCUUUUCCUCUCUCCAACAGAGAUUAUGUCUAUAUUCGGGAACGUCGGGAGAUGGAUAUGGAUGGGAGGAAGAUCUGGGUUGUGCUAGCAAAAAGUGUGACUGUUCCUCAGUGCCCUGAAAAGCCUGGUAUUACCAGAGUUAAAAGCUAUAAACAAAGCCUGGUAAUUGAAAGUGAUGGCAAGGCUGGAUCUAAAGUCUAUAUGUACUAUUUUGAUGAUCCUGGUGGCAUGGUUCCAUCCUGGCUGGUCAACUGGGCUGCCAAGAGUGGUGUGCCUGCUUUCUUGAAGGAUAUGCAAAAAGCUUGCCUUAAAUAUUCUAAGAGCAGAUAGGUAUUGAAAUUGAUCUUAAUCAUUUAAUUCUUAGAUCUCUGUUCUUACAGGAGUGAUUGUUAUGUAUUACACUGGAUAAAAUCUACCUCUAAUAUCAGAAAGAAUUUUAUUUUAAUAUCAUUAUGCCUUGAGUUUUAUUAGAUCUUCUUUUUCCAUCUCCAACUAAAGAGCUGGCCACUGACAAGGUAACACCAACAUCAGCUACUUUUGAAAGUAUUCAAGUUUUGGCUUGUUUCCCAUGCAUUGCUUGUGCUGAUUGUUAGGAGUCAGCCAGAGGAGUUUGUGAUGGAUAUGCUACAUCCUUGCACAAGAGACGGCAAUCUUACUAGAAAAUAUGUCUGAACUUGGACUGCACAUUAUCUGCAUGUGUUAUGCCCAGAUCUGCCUUUGCUGCCUUGCAGGUGGCUUCCUACCCAACCUCAGUAAUGGGACUUGCAUUGCAUAGGAGGAAAYGUUUUUGCUACCCAGGUUUGUCAUUCUUAAACUCUCUGCCUGUUCUAAACCUAAAAAAUGUUGAGGGCUGAGGUAAAUUACUAGAAAUGUGCAGCAGGAACUGGAAGUUUGUGUUAUGAAGCUUCCUUGUGAUGGCUUUAAGUCCAGUUGUAAAAAUGUAAAAAAACUCAACCCUAAAGCCUUGGUAUCACAACUCUUAUGUAAAAAAGUAAAAACACUGUGUCCAGCUAGAAGAAAAAGAAGGAGGUGACUUCUUCCAUAUCUGAUUUAAGUGGAACAAGUUUUAUCUUCAGUGUCAGUCGCUUUUUCUCUAAGGAAGCUUGGAUAACAACUUGAAACUGGAAGUAAUUUUAAACUGKGUGCCUGCCACUGAAUGUGGAUGARCUUGAUGYGGAACUUGGGCUUGCUUGCAUUUUUAARUUUCAUGCUGAUAYAAAGAAUGGRUGUUAACCCACUGAAAGCUUAACUGAGCAGCAAAUUAAAUUUCCAGCACMUUUUCAGGGGGUGGGGCAGGGAGUACUUAAAAGAUGAGAGAACCCCAAUCUCAGGGAUUUAAAAUAUUCUACACUGUUUCUAAAUCUAGUCCUGUUUCUGAAUAAAUCUGGUAAUGGAGUAGCUUUGUCUUGUUGAAAACAAAACUAUUGAAGUGAUUGACUUUAUACCUUGUGUGAAUAUUUGCUUCCAAUAAAUUAUUAUUUUAUCCAUGUAGUGUUCUUUUUGUGU